UCCAUUUCUUUCAUCUUUUUUCAGACAGAGAAUAUGGCAUUUUUUAACGCUUAUUUUGAGAAGGAUUUAAGCCAAUAUCCUCGUGUCGACAGAGCAUAUGAAGGAAAAGAUUAUGUUGAUUUCAGAUACCAAUUUGUUAAGGACAGCAAUAAGAGAGAGAUGGAUAUAAAAAAGAACAAAUCUUUGCAAAGAAACAGCAAAGAAAUUUUAAAAGAUACUUCGAAAAACUUAAUUGAGAAACCUUAUACCUCAAAGUGGUAUAAGAAGGAUUUGUCAAGAUUUUUUAUUAUGAUUUCUGGUGGGUUUGAAAUCUCAACAUCUCCAUGGCAGAAAGAAAGAAAUGUUUCAGACACUUUUACAAUUAAUAAUAAUCAAUUGAAAGAUGACAGCAACGUUUUUUAUAAUCAUGUCGGCACGUGUCAUUUGAAUUAA